AUGCAAUCCGAUGUCUAUCUGGAAGCUUCCAGAGACACUUCCAGAGAGGGAUGCGCAUUUGAGAUUGGAUCAUGGAUUACCACUCUGAAAUGGAACGGUUUUCCAGCCUAUUUCUUCGGUGAACACAUGCUUAAUAUCCCAUUCUUAGGGAAAUUCAUUCAGAGCACUGUUAAAAGGCAGAAGGUUGCUGAUUCUGUUGACUACCUCAAUUACUAUGUGACCUCAAUUAUUCUUGCCUUCUUCUCUUUGGCUAUUUCUGCAAAACAGUAUUUUGGAUCUCCUAUACAGUGUUGGGUACCGAGUGAAUUCCGAGGUGGAUGGGAAAAAUACGCCGAAGACUACUGUUUCAUUGCUAACUCAUACUAUGUUCCUUUCGAAGAAGAAAUCCCUGUUGAUGUGGAUCAUCGAAAAGAUCACAUCAGUUAUUAUCGAUGGGUACCGAUUAUGCUAGCGCUCCAGGCUAUCAUGUUCUUUAUUCCUAACUGGAUUUGGAAUAUGCUUCAUAAACAAACAGCAAUCAAUCCGAAAUCAUUCCUGAGUGAAGCGGAGAAGAUCAAAUUUGCUGCUGGAGAGAAGAGAGAACAGGAGAUUAAGUCGCUUGCUAACUACUUCAUGGAUACUGUAGCCGUGUUUGGUAAUCCAGCGGAGUAUAGACGAAGUAAUCGCACGGCACCACGUUCCGGAUACAAUGCUUUAUGGCUGUAUCUACUCACCAAGGCCGCGUAUGUCGCAAACAUAUGCCUACAGCUGGUUAUUCUUAACCAUUUCUUAGGAGAAAACUACAUGCGUUGGGGUUUCGAGAUGGCUUCGAAUAUUGUUCAUGGUCAUGAAUGGAAGGAAACAUCUGUUUUCCCACGAGUUAUCAUGUGUGAUUUCCAGAUUCGACGACUUGCAAAUCUUCAAAGACAUACAGUACAGUGUGUUAUAAUGAUGAACAUGAUUAAUGAGAAACUGUACUUAUUCCUCUACUUCUGGUUCUUCUUCCUGGGGAUAGUGACUGUUAUCAAUUUCUUCUACUUCCUCGUUGUCAUGCUUCUGCCAGCACUUCGAGCCAAAUUGGUGCUCCUCAACAUGGACGCCGAUCGAAAUCGUGGUCUGUCGCAGAAUGAAAUGAAGCGGUUCAUUCAUGAAUGCCUACAUCCUGACGGCGUUCUGCUGCUGCGGUUCGUUCGCGAACACGUUGGCGGCCGUGUUGCGUUCGAUCUGACAAAUAGACUGUUUGCUAUGUAUGCUGAGAGUGAUAGUCGCUCCGACACUUCUAUGAAGAGGCAACCUAUCUCACCAAUCGAAAAAUACUCGCGUCCACCACACUUGGGACCUUAUCCACGUCAUCCUCCUACUCAUGGGUACUAUCCGGCACUAAGCUCAGCGCCGAUACUUGAAGACUAUAUGGAUCAUGGCACGAUGAAAAUUGGCGAGAAGAGUCCACCUCCACCUUCACUCGACCAGCCAACACGACACAGUCCAACUGAUGUCUGA